CUUCGCUACCAUGUCGUCCAACUCUGCCAAAUCUAGCAAACUCAGUAAACCUUUGCUGCCACAGAGUUUUCUCCAAAAGCUGAAGGCUGAUACCAGCACGGCGAUAAGCGUCACACAAAAAGGAUCAUUUUCUUAUACUCCUGAAGGGCACGAAGUACGCAUGAAGAUGCGUAACUGGCAACGUCCCUGGUCUCCAGAUGCCGUAGAACUCGAUGACCCACCACAUUUCCUGGGAGGUGGGAAUAUGUGGCAUUACAUGGUGUCGAGUGGCGAUGUCAUAGCCGUCGCAGAAUUCCUUUACUUCGGGGCCACCCCUGAUCUUGAAGAUCCCACAGACGGCGCCACUCCUCUGUGGGUUGUCUCUAAAGAGAUCGCAAAUAUCACUGAGCAUCAAAAUGGUCCUUUCAUCGAUAUCGUCAAAUCGUUGACUGAGCUUACACCUGUCCGAAUGACCAAAGAAAACGUGCUAAGACGGCUGGGGUGGAUAGUUCGUAUGCUCGUCGAGCAACAUGCAGACGUCCACAAAACGGCCAAUGACCUGUCCAUCCUGCAAUUAGCCUAUAACGCACAGCGCUGGGAUCAUAUCGUACUGCUCAUAAAACAUGGCGCCCGACCAUCUCGCGACUUCCAUUUCGCCUCUUCAGCAGAUGAACGUCGAAUUUCCUCCCUCGUCGAGAUUAACCGUAACUCCCCUCGCCCUCCUCGAAUCUGCCCGUGUUGGUCCGGCAAGACCAUAGGGGAUUGUCACGCCACCUUACUGCCCUAUCCGCUCAAGUACCUUUGUGUUUGCGGUUCUGGCAAGACGUACGAGCGGUGCUGCCACUCAAAAAACGCGGUUGUUCUCGAACAAUGGGACCCGAUUCGGAACCGCGUCAAACACGACUACGAAGCUCAGCUCAACAAUCCUCAUCGACAGGCCCGGGAACGUAUGGAUGCGACCGCCCUUAUGGUACAGCAAAUGUUAGCGAAGUCUGAGGGCGUGGAUGCGGAUCAUGCAUCUGUCGUGCUACCUCUCACGGCAGAGCUCGACAUACAACGAAGAGCUGAGGCUAAUCGAACUGUCCUAGAGGAAUUGAGCUCUCGAGGUGUGCUGGACCCAGCGUUUGCAUAUGUUUGGCGAAAGGCAGGCUUCUGUCCCCAACCAGUCGCGCGGAAAUUCAGCAAGGUCAUUUGCGAGGAUCAACAAAAGCGAUGGAAUGACAUCGUCGAUGAGUACAUUGCUUCAGGGCAAGAUUCUCGUACAGGACGCGAAAUUGAACGCGCUGCCAAGAUUGGCCCGUGGAACGGUGCACUUUGGAGGUCCUGCGAAGGACCUGGUUGCACGGUGAUUGAGGACGAUUCCUUGACACUGAAGAGAUGUACUCGUUGCAAGAUUGCCGUUUAUUGCAGCACCGACUGUCAGCAGUCCGCCUGGAAGCAUCAACACAAAACCCAAUGCUCUGAUGCAAUAGAGCAGAGGCUGCCAUCUCAGGAGGCCAUCGCACGUUAUUUUCGAGAGGGUGGUCAUAUAGCAAGCCUGACUCCAGCUAUGCGCGCGGUAUUUGCGAAGUUCAUGGAAGAAACCAACUUCUUAUACGAGAUGAUGCGGCCAAGUCUUCCUACUCCCUCAACUAGGC